AUGCUAAAUUUAUUAAAACCUGGCUUCAAUCCAAAAUCAGUGUCAUGUGAUUUUGAAUUAUCAGUAAUUAAUACCAUAAAAAAAAAAUACCCUGACGCUGAUAUUCACGGUUGUUUGUAUCAUUUGACAAACAAUAAAAAUGAUACUGAUUUUUCAAUAUUUAUAAAAAUGGUUGUAGCUCUUUCAUUUGUUCCAAUCGAAAAGCUAGAUGCUGCUAUACAAAAUUUAGGAGAUGACUUAUCAGAAUGCUUACAACCUUUACUUGACUGGUUUGAGGACAAUUAUGUUGGAAGGGUUAAUAGAAACGUAAGAGGUCGUCGGACAGCAUUAUUCCCACCACACAUUUGGAAUUUACACCAACGAGUUUUGAAUGGUCAAGAUAGGACUAACAACCAUGCCGAAGCAGCUAUUAGAUGA